CUGAAAGUAGAAAAUCACACGUGAAGGAAAGGUGAUGGUGGUGGGUUGGGUUACCUGCAGUCGAAUCGACUGUCGAUUGAUCUUUUGAUUACAGGUACUGUAUGAAAAUGAGUUUAUCAACAGUCUACCAUACUGGACCUGUGACUGCACUUUAUUGCCAUGGUAACAGUGUUCUGUCAGGUAUCGGUAGUCAAGUGCAUGUGUAUUGUAUUCCACACCCAGAGCUUCAUCAGUCUGUAGAAAUUCUUCCUGCCAGAGUAAUCCAUGGUAUAAAACAAGUAUUUGAAGAUGGACUGUCAGUGAAGUUGUGUGUGUAUGGACAAAAAUGUUUACGACUGGUAGAUUUUGAUUCUGUCACUAUGACGAUCAAGCCUCUGGAUGAUGUCUUAGAGUUUUCUGAUUGGAUAUGGGAUGUAACAUGGAUUCAGGAUUCUUCAACAAAGAGAAUGUUAUGCCUUGCCCUUGGACAUAAUGUGAUCAUUACAUAUGAUAUAGACCAACAGUGUAUAACAAGCAGUGUUCAUUGCCAGGAAAAAUGUAUUUUAUAUUGUGCUAAGUUUCUGACUUCCCAGCCAGACUGUGUCAUUUUAGCAGCUGGUACUGUGUUUAAUCAAGUGGUAAUCUGGAGUGCACAGUCUACACUUAGCUCAACAGGAAGAGUGGAACCAUUCCAUAGGUUGACAGGUCAUCAGGGUGUUAUUUUCUCUGUUGAUUAUGAUCCUAAAUCUCGGUUGAUUUGUUCUGUGUCUGAUGAUAGAAGCAUCAGACUGUACAGUGUAGUUUUUGAUGGUACGGCGGGUAAACCUUCUCUCAGAGACUGGGAGAAAAUGAACACCACCUUACUGCACGUGUUAUAUGGACAUUCUGCACGAGUUUGGGACGUGAGAUUACUCUCUUCGAGCUUUGUCAGCAUUGGUGAGGAUUCCACUUGCUGUAUAUGGUCAUAUGAAGGUAGGGUGUUGAAAAAGUUCAAAGGUCACAAAGGAAAGAGUAUAUGGAGCAUGUGUGUAGACAAGGGAGAGAAUUAUGUGAUUACUGGUGGGGGAGACAACUCUGUAAGAAUGUGGAAACUUCAGCAGCAAACGAUGGAAAAUAAAGAAUCUGUCACAAGAUCGUUAGAUUUACGGCUUGUCCCAGAAGAUUUCCCAAGGAAUACAAUGUUGCUAGAUAUAGAAAGGAUACUGACAAUAACAAAUAUGGGGAAACUGAUUUUGUAUAACCAGGCUACAGACCGUUGCACCAAUCUGAUGUCUGAUGAAUUAUUCGGGUCAUACACAGUGAUGAGUGUAUCACCAAACAGUAGAUAUAUUGCUGUAGGCAACAUACAUGGGACAUUGAGGAUACUGCAUGCGACAGAAAGCUUCCAGUUUGAAACGGGACAGUAUUUGAUAUCAGAUGUGAAGGUGUGUAAGGGGAAGUUGUUUAGUGUUGUGUGGCUUGGAGAAGACAAGUUGUUGACUACAGCAUCUCAGGGAAUUGUUAAUGUAUGGGAAAUUAGUCAUCAUGACAACAGUAUUGAUAUUAAAAUGACCUUCACCUUUGUGUUGGCUCCGAGUAAACAUCGCUGGGUAUCCACGGCAAAACUCGCUCAGGAAGGCUCUAGGAUAGUGGUUGGUGAUCGUACGGGCAGUUUGUUCGUGUACAUGUUGGUAGAUGAAAGCAAGACAGGGGAAUUAAUCCAGACAUUUCCCAAGAUUCAUGGCAAAGCAGGUGUUACCUAUGUCUGUUGCCAUGACAACCAAGUAUAUUCUACUGGACGAGAUGGUAUGUACAGGAUGUUUGUAUGGAAUGAAGACAACCAGCUGGAUUUAUUACACACUAACAGAGUUUGUAAAAGCUUUGAGUGGUUGGAAAAGUUGGAGUUUACAGAAGAGGAAGAUAUACAGAUACAUGGAUUUUACACGAACAUGUUUAUGAUUUGGAGUAUGAGACAGAACCAAAAGUUGCUGGAAAUACAGUGUGGUGGAGGACACAGAGCAUGGGACUACUGUUGCCAUGGAAACAAUGCUACCUUUGUGUAUGUCAAAACUAGAGAGGUCAAGGUCACUAAUAUAGAGAUGAGGUCAAAUCAGGUUGUUGUUAAGAAAUGUUUACAUGGAAGAGAGUUAUGUGAUGCCAAACAUAUCUGCUCAGGAAUUGACAGUUCAGGCAGACCUGUGAAUGUGAUGGUAACUUGUAGUGAGGAUACCUCAGUUUGUCUGUCUGUACUCCACUAUGAAAAUAGUAUUCCCCAACUGGAUGUAUGCCACAGUCUGACAGGUCAUAUAUCCACUGUACGAUGUCUAUAUGUCUGCUCAUCCAGUCAGUCUACAAAUCAGAUCCUUGAUGCUGAAAAGGAAAACCCCAUUGUACACAGGAAGUUGAUCUUCAGCGGUGGAGGUAGAGCCCAGUUAAAAGUGUGGGGUAUUGAAGCCAGAUUUUCAAAUACAGAAAAUGUAAGAGAUCACACUUCAGAUACAAGGGGAAAAACUAAAAGUGAAACAUGUGAUCAUGACUUGGCUCUCACCUCAGAGUUAUCAGCUGAAAAUAUUGUACCAGGGAUAAUUGAAAAACUUCCCCAUCAAGAUACAGGACCACUCAUUGCACAAGGUCAUAUACAUUCUCAAUUGACUAGUUUUAAGUGUAAGAAAACAUCUGGUAAUGAAAAUAAUGAACCAUCAGUUACUUGUGAUAAAUAUGAAAAUUCAAAAUGUGAUAAAUGUACUCUAAAUUAUUUGUGCUUGGCUGGUCUACAACUGAGCCAAAUAAAUCGAAAAUGUCGGAAACCAUGGAGACAACCUGUGGACAAUUCCGACCCUGAGACCAGGAUACUUGACCUUUCUGUGGUGACCCCUAAAGAUCUAGGUCACAUAAAGUCAUGGUCACUGUAUUUUGUGUCUGCUGCAUGUUCUGAUGGGUUUUUAAGAUUACUUGCAUUUGAUGAGGUAUCCAGGGAGAUAACCAUAGUAGCAUCAUCUUCUUAUCAUGAUCAUUGUGUACUCAAGACAUGUCAUGUGAUAGUACCUAACAAUCAUGUGAUAAAGUUAUGUGACAAAGACCAUGUGACAGGAAGUAACCAUUGGCCAAUGAGGAUUGUUAUUUUGUCUGCUGCAACAGAUGGAAAAGUUGCAUUCUGGGAUAUCACAGAGACUUGCAAAGAGUUUUUAUCUACUAACUCAUCCACAACCACAAGUUCAUCAGUAAAUGAAAAGGAAAGCAGUAAACCUGAGAAAAAGUUGAGGAAUAUAGAUCCAGUUUUUGCUUUAGAACUGCACCAGUCUGGCAUAAACAGUCUUUAUUUUGGGAAAUAUUCAGGUGAUACAUACAUCCUGGUCACAGGAGGUGAUGAUAAUGCUGUACAUGUUAGUCUUGUCACAAUGGCAUCAGAUGAUACAUGUAUGAAAGUCAAGGUCAUUGCCAAGGGGAAAAACACAAGUGCUCAUUCUGCCCAGAUAACAGGAGCCUGGUUUGUGUCUCCAGACUAUGUUGUUACAGCCUCAAUAGACCAGAGAAUAUCUGUGUGGAAGUUGACUGUAGAAAACACAGAAAUACAGCUGAUGAUGACUGGUUGUGUAUUUACAAGUGUCUCUGACGUUGCCAACAUUGAUUUAUGGAAGGAAAGCGAUCACUACUGUCUGCUUGUCAGUGGAAAUGGAAUGGAAGUCUUCAACCUUGAAACAUAUGGACAGUCCGUGGAUCCUGUAUUGACAGAUAUUCUAACCAAGAUAGUGACUUAACCUUAUCACGCUGGACAUGAUUGACACAGCCUUUGCGAAGAGUGUAGAUCAUAAUCCGUGCAGUGUGAUCAAGAUCUGCACUGUUCGCCAUUCAGUCCGUAUUCUUUUGGCAUGCACUCCUUUUAACAGUUAAUGGUUCUGUCCAAAUUGAAAGAUGGAUGAGUUCAUUAUAGGAAUUUGGCAGCAAAAAGGUUGAAAGUUUAAAGUUACAUUUAUAUGAUGUAUAUGUUACUUCAGGGAAUGAUGUCACACAGUGCUACCAGAAGCACUUACACAAGCAACCAGUAAAUGUUAGUGCAUACUGUGAGGGACGAUGGGACACGUGAAUUUGCUUUUAUUCAUCUGUCUAUCUAGAUAACAAAAUUUGUGAUUGAAAAAGUAUUGAACAUAGAGUUUUAAAGGAACAACAUUUUGCAUGUGAAAUUGUGCACCUUUGGUUUUAUAAGCUCACCUGUCACAUAGUGACAAGGUGAGCUUUUGUGAUCACCCUUCAUCCGUCAUCCGUCGUCAGUCCGUGCGUCCGUCCCUCAACAAUUUCUUGUCUGCACGAUAGUGGUUUCAUUUAUGAUUUUAUUUGAACCAAACUUGCACACAACUUGUAUCACCAUAAGAUCUCGGUUCCUUUCUUGAACUGGCCAGAUCCCAUUAUGGGUUCCAGAGUUAUGGCCCCUGAAAGGUCCAAAAUCAGCUAUUUUGACCUUGUCUGCACAAUAGUAGCUUUAUUUAUGAUUUGAUUUUUACCAAACUGGCACACAUCUUGUAUCACCAUAAGAUCUUGGUUUGUUUCUUGAAAUGGCCAGAUCCCAUUAUGGGUUCCAGAGUUAUGGCCCCUGAAAGGGCCAUAAUUAGCUAUUUUGACCUUGUCUGCACAAUAGCAGCUUCAUUUAUGAUUAUAUUUUAACCAAAAUUGCACACAACUUGUAUCACCAUAAGAUCUUGGUUCCUUUCUUGAACUGGCCAGACCCCAUUAUGGGUUCCAGAGUUAUGGCCCCGGAAAGGGCCAAAAUCAGCUAUUAUGUCCUUGUCUGCACAAUAGCAGCUUUAUUUAUGAUUUGAUUUUUACCAAACUUGCACACAACUUGUAUCACCAUAAGAUCUCGGUUCCUUUCUUGAACUGGUCAGAUCCCAUUAUGGGUUCCAGAGUUAUGGCCCCUGAAAGGGCCAAAAUCAGCUAUUUUGACCUUGUCUGCACAAUAGCAGCUUUAUUUAUUAUUUGAUUUUUACCAAACUUGCACACAACUUGUAUCACCAUAAGAUCUUCCAUAUGAUCUUGGUUCCUUUCUUGAACUGGCCAGAUCCCAUAAUGGGUUCCAGAGUUAUGGCCCCUGAAAGGGCCAAAAUUAGCUAUUUUGACCUUGUUUGCACAAUAGCAAUUUCAUUUAUGAUUUGAUUUUAACCAAACUUGCACACAACUUGUAUCACCAUAAGAUCUUGGUUUCGUUCUUGAACUGGCCAGAUUCCAUCAUGGGUUCCAGAGUUAUGGCCCCUUAAAGGUCCAAAAUUGGCUAUUUUGGCUUUUGUAGCCAUAUAGAGUCUUCAUUUAUGGAUUUAUUUGAUACAAACUUCUAAAAUAUCUGCAACAACAAUAAAUCUUGGAUUUCAUGACAAAUUAGAUCCAAUCGUAGGUUCCAGAGUUAUUUUAUAUCUGAUUACCUCCCCUGAUUGUAGUCAAAAUGGAUUUAUAUCAGUAAGUACUUAUAGAACUUAUUUGAAAUUUCAUUGUUGUCAUUAGUUGGACUGAGCCAAUCAAAGUAGAUAACUAUGGACUUAUUUCAUGUCAAAUUACCUCCCUUUAUUUAAAAUUAAAAUGGGUAUAUCUCCGUAACUAAUGAAGAUACUGAUCUGAAAUUUCAUUUAUGUUAACAGAUUUAUUUGGCAGUUUCUAUUUUUGAUCACUUUCAAUAAUUUUCUUUUAAUUACUUCCCUUUUACGUUAAUAUAAAUAGCUUAUUUUAGUAACUUUUUUACUAUUGGCCGUAGGGAAAAAUUGAGACCACUUUUCUAUGGUACAACAUGGAUGGUACCUCCAAUUUUUAGGUGUAUUUUGACAUAUCUGUACCUUGUAAGAACUUUUUUUUCUUUUUGGUUAGAUUUCUUUCCUUUGUUGUUCCUAUCCUUUGAACUUAGAUAUUUUUUCUGAGGACCUUCUUGUCCUCAAGUACAAUGAUAACAGGUGAGGGAUAUAGGGCCAUCAUGGCCCUCUUGUUUGAGAUUUGCAGUCAGUAAGACCAGACUUACUGCCCAAGACAAUAUGCAUUAAAGUAUGUAAACUUAGAAUACAGUACACCAUUUAUUCUGAUGUGAAAAGCUGUUUGGAUAGCAGCUUAAUGUCUGAUGGUCAUUUACUGUGUUAUAGCGGCCAGGAGUAAUAUUUUUAAGUGGGCACAUUCUGUGUCCUGCAGAUACAUUUUGAGUUUUACUAAGAAAGACGCAGUUUGCAUAUACCAGAAGUUUUUUUUAUUUAGUUUCAUUAUUAUAUAUAUUACAUAGAACUAAAAUAUAAUUAGUGUGAUUAGUUUUAAAUAUAAUAUGUUUUUAGACCAAGA